AUGACUUUAAGAUCAGUCAAGCUUUUUAUUAUUAGUAAAUUUAUUGAAUCCGACAAGGACCCUAUAGAUGCAUCAAAAAACAUGAUAAGUUCAAUACAAAAGUUAGUGGGAAUCCAUAAUGUUUUUGGUGAUCCCGAUCGGCAUAUAUCAUUCGGUUCCAUAUUUGGCAUGUUUUUAUGCGCCGGCGCCUUUAUUUACGUUGGCACGUUCAGUCAAAGUGUGUAUUUAAUAAACGUGUUCCCUGACAAAGUGGAGUGCUUCAAGGCUAUCAACUGCCUCAGCUCCACUUGUAUUCCCAUGUCGAAAUACAUUUUCAUGUGGACUUCAAGUGCUCGCUUGAAAAAGAUAUUUGCCAUGAGCCAGCAGGGCCUGAAUUCUGUCACCGAUGAAAGGGCACGACUCAAGAUUGUGAAAACCUUACAAAGCGGCCAGUACGUAUCGUGGCUGGUAGUACUCAAUCAGGCUGCUUCUCAUAUGAUUUAUUUGAUUCUCCCUCUGUUGCUAACCAUUAUUGGAAAUGAUAAGUACUUACCAACAACGCCUGGGGAAAUUUAUGGUUUCUCGAGCGCUAAAGAGAGUCCAUACUUCGAAAUAGCAUUCGCCCUUAUAAUUGUCGCCACAGCGUUUUCGGCCAUCAAUCAAACCGGAUAUAUCGUGUUAUUCGUCACUUUGUUAUCUCACGAGCUCGGGCACAUCUACGCAAUAACAGAAACGCUAAAUCAGAUCCAGAAGGUCAUGUACGACGAAACGAUACCAAAGGACGAGAAAAACAAAUCAGUAGACGACAAACUACGUUUUUGUGUGAAACAUCACCAAUUUUUCAUGCAAUACCACGCAAAAAUAAGAAAGCUGUACAAGAUUAUAUUUGGAUGCCAUUUCCUUUUGAUGACUAUCGUUCUUGUUACGACGCUCCAGACAUUGAAUGCUUGGAAUUUGAGUAAUACGAUAUUGACAGGAGUAACCGGGGUGCUACCAUUGUUCGUCUAUUGCUUCGGGGGAGAACUUUUAUUCAGUGCUGAAAACGAAAUGUCACUGGCGGCGUACUCGUGUGGCUGGGAGCUAAUGAAAGUAAAACAAGCGAAGAUCGUAUGCUUCGUGUUAGCGUUGUCUGAACGCCCGCUGUAUCUCACCGCGGCCGAUAUUUUCAUCAUGAACCGAGACACGUUCGGUACAGUUGUACAAGUCGUGUAUAAAAUUUACGCGGUUUUCAAUUAA